UUGACCACUGUUGACUCUGUUCGUUGUACAUACACGCGAUCGUACUCCACGCACAAAAGAUUCUCUGCUAGAUACUGUACCACCACACCACUUAUUUCUACUUCAUGUUUAGUAGUUUUGCACACAUAGAUUCACAGAGCUCUGUGCAAAAAGCUAUCGCAAAUAAAUUGCAAAUUCUUUGUGAAGUGAAUGUUAGCGAGCUGAAUGAACAAGAAGCACCCUUCCUACAUUUCUUUCAUAGUUUGAUUAUUAAACAAGGUAAAUAUCGUCAUCGCCGUUCAUUUUCAUGAUAUUAUUCUCAUCUCGUCUCAUCUAUUGUACCGACGACGACGACGUCGACGGUGUGGCACUUCUCUCUCACAUUUCUACCGUGUCGUAUCAAGAAGAAGGAGGAUAAUUUAUUUAUUCCUCUCUUCUUCAUCAGAAUUUCUAAACCGUUUUUGCAACAAAAAGUUCCACGAGUUUUGUGAAUAUUAAUAAUUUUCCAGUGAUGAUGAUAGUGUUCUUCAAGCCAAGUUCAAUCUCAUCACCUUGAUCAUAUCCCUGCACAUAUUAUUAUUAGUGCCUAAAAAAGUGUGCAUAUAAAAAGUGGUCUUCUGACUCAAAGGUCAAAUCACUUGGCCAAAUAUAAUAGGUAAACAACCAAAAUGCAAUUUCCCCCAGCAUCCGUCGCCUUCACGCAGCUUCUGAGUGCGAUAUGCAUCAUGAUGGGAUGCGAGCACAAGUAUCCAGCCCCCGUUCAGAAUAUCGUGACCCCGCAAUUAUCAGCGUCAGCCUACAACACGGUGAACAGUCCGAGUUACAUCGUCGUCAAAGAGGAUGGUUCCACCUCCGAGGGAAAAAUUGUGACACGACGGGGUCGCCUCGCAGGGAAAGGUCACCUUUUAAGGAAUGAUGACGACCUUAGUAAUCAAAUCGGAGAUGGUGACGACCUGGACCAGGCUGACGAUGAUCACGUCAUGUUGCCCCCAAUCGUCGAAAUACCAGGUCUUGGACGGGUUGAAGGGUAUCACAUGCGGGUCGUUAGUGGUCGACAGAUUUACGCUUUUGAAGGAAUUCCUUACGCACAAGCGCCCGUAACCAAGUUUAGAUUUCAGGCAACUGCUCCUCAUCUGGGAUGGAAUGCCACUAAAUUAGAUGCUAAAGACCCUGGACCGCCUUGUAUACAGUUGGUUUAUGGAAGAAUAAAGGGUUCGGAGGACUGUUUACGGUUAAAUAUUUACUCUCCAAAGAUUCCCAAUGGAAAAACACAGCAAAAACAUCCCGUCAUCAUCUUCAUUCAUGGAGGUCUAUUUCUUGCUGGAGCGGGGUCAAAUUUCGGUCCUGCAUAUCUCCUCAGAGAAAACGUAAUUCUAGUCACAUUCAACUACAGGUUGGGAAUUAUGGGAGCGUUUUCUACGGGGGAUUCUGCAGCGUCGGGAAACUGGGGGUUAAAGGAUCAAGCUUUUGCGAUCAAUUGGGUGCACAAGCACAUCUCUUCCUUCGGAGGUGACCCUGACCAUUUGGUAAUAAUGGGUCAAUCCGCCGGCGGAGUGUGUGCCCACCUUCAAAUGAUGUCCCCAUUAGCGAGGGACAAGUUACGAGCAGCCAUAACCAUUUCCGGUGGCGCUUAUAAUUUUUGGGGUCUCAACAGUCUCGACCAAGGUCUCAGUGCGAGUCGAAGUAGUGCCCGAUUUGCUCGAUGUUCCCCCAAUCAAGCGUCCCCCGCAUUGUUGGCCUGCAUGCAAAACGCAUCCGCCGAAGUGCUCGUGGCCAACCAGAUAUUCACGUUCGGCUCUGCCCUCCCCGUCCCCAUGAUUGAGCCCCCCGUGCCGGGAGCAUUUCUGUCCGAAACUCCAGACUCUGCUUAUCAAAAGGGUCACGUGGCGAGGAUUCCUCUCAUAACGACCGUCACUUCGGAGGAAAUCAAUGCCUACAUUGCAGAGAUAACGGGACGUGGUGGGAUACGAAUCCUGAAUGGAUUAUUUGACGUCGAUGCUGCCAGCCUGUUGGGGCUUCGAGGAAGAAUUCCAUCCACCUCAGAGCGCAGCACGGUUAACAAGAUUAGAAGCUAUUAUGGAAUUAGUGGACGACGAGUUUUAAUCCCUAGGCAAUUAUUUACACAAGUUGGGAACGCGAGAUAUUUCACGGUACCAUUUCACCGUAGCGUCCAAAUGCACUCCCAAUUGGCACCGACAUAUGCUGGGAUUUUUAAUUACACCAAUAACCCAAUUGGACGAGCUGAAAGGUUGGGAAUAGACCCGAAAGAAUUUGGUGUGAGUCACACGGACGACUUGAUUUUCGUCCUAAAUAGUACAAACAAACCCCCAAUCACGGAAAACCAUUACGGUUUCGCUGUUACUAAACUGAUUACAAAUAUGUAUGCAAAUUUUGGGAAGUCGAACAUCCCCUCGUUCACCGGAGAAGACGGAAACUUAUACAAUUUCUGGGACAGUGUCAUAAAUCCAGAAAAUUUUCAAAUUCUUCAAAUAGACGAAGAAGUGAAAAUGAUUGAUAAUCCUUACACAAAAUCCGCCAAAUUUUGGGAAUCUUUACAUAUUCCAGAUAUGAAGCAGUUUAUAAAACUGUCAGUAAAAAAAUCUUCAUAAAAAAACAUACCUAGCAUUCAAGACUGUUACAUUAUGAUAUGAUCUCAUUUAUAACUUUGUAUCAUUAUUAUUGCUAACUAACUGAGCAAUUCAAUGCAAUAAAAUAAAUAUCAAUAAAAUAUGCAAAUUACAA